CACCGUUCCGCACGCCGGGGUCAGGCCCGCGCACCCGGCCACCGCCCCCUCCCGCGGGAGGAGGGUCGCCGGCCGCCGGCAUGGGCCGCAGUUUGACUCGCCGCACGGUCCCGGGCCUGUGGCCCCGGGCGCGCCCUCCCUCGGCCGGGACCCUGCUGUCCCGCCCCGGGAGCCACGGUCCCUCCCCCGAGGCCGGCGGCCCCUCCUCCAGCUCCAGGCCGCGGGGCUGGGGAUCCCCCGCGUCCAUCUCGGAGACCUCGGGGGCCCGGCCGGAGGGCUCCGCGCCCGAGGGGCCCGCGCCCGCCGCGUCGCCUUCGCGGGAGGCCCCGGCCGACUCGCCGCCCCCGUCCUCGUCCCCCUCCUGGCCCUCCUCGCGGCCGCCGCCCGCGAGCCCGGAGGCGGACGGGCCGCUGCUGCGCCGGGGCGCGUGGGGCGGGAUGGCGGCCGGCUCGUUGCUGGAGGCCGGCCUGGCCCGGGUGCUCUUCUACCCGACGCUGCUGUACACGGUGGUCCGCGGGACCGUGCCGGGCCGGGCGCGCCGCGACUGGUACAACCGCAUCGACCGCACGGUGCUGCUGGGCGCGCUGCCGCUGCGGAGCCUGACGCACCGGCUGGUGGAGGACGAGAACGUGCGCGGGGUGAUCACCAUGAGCGAGGAGUACGAGACCCGAUUCCUGUGCAACUCCGCCAAGGAGUGGAGGAAAGUAGGAGUUGAGCAGCUUCGACUCAGCACAAUAGACAUGAUUGGAAUCCCAACCUUGACUAACCUCCAGAAAGGAGUUCAGUUUGCUCUCAAGUACCAGUCCCUGGGCCAGAGUGUCUACGUGCAUUGUAAGGCUGGGCGCUCCCGAAGUGCCACUAUGGUGGCCGCGUAUCUGAUUCAGGUGUACAACUGGAGCCCAGAGGAGGCUGUACGCGCCAUCACCAAGAUCCGGUCACACAUCUUUAUCAGACCUGGCCAGUUUGAGAUUCUCAAGGAGUUCCACAAGAUGACUGCAGAGGCAGCAAAGAAGGAGCUGUAUCACCCGCCACAGACAUGAAGCAUGUGGAUGAGAAGGAACUCGAGACAACCCUGCUGGCAAUAGAAUGCAAACGCUUAAAGGACCGAUGGUGCUUAAGCCCAGGCACCGUAACGGAAGUGCGCUAAGUAAGGGGCCAUUUUCUCCCUUUGUCAUGGUUUCCGUUUCCUGAAAUAACACUGCUGCGUGGCUAGAAAGAUUUAGCCUGGCUUUUAUUUGCAGGGGAUGGGGAUGUGGGGUAGGGAUGAGGAUGUCUUAGUUUUUGAAUAAGGUCAAAGAAAUCUAUCGUGCACCUCCUGUUGCACCUGGUGAUAUUUAGCACCAUAACCCAAAGACAUUUAACACUAGGAACGAGAAGAAAUACCAGCUCUGGCUCUUUGCCACUGUCAGAAUCUCAAUUCACUGGCCCCUCACUUUUGGAGCAGCAAUCCUGUGUAUAAAAAAGGAAAUAUGGUAUUCAAUCAGGAUUGUGGCUGACUUAGAAAUGUGUGUGCAUGUAAUUAGUUCCCCUCAGGAAAUCACUCCUUCAGAAUUCAAAACAGACACACGUAUCCCUCUAGAAACUUUAUUUGUAUGAACAGUUUCUAGCUCUAGACUGGACUUAGAGCUUUUAAAAGAGUAGAGACCUUAUAUAUUUGAGUUUGAAAAAUGUUUCUGCUAUUAAUAAAAAUAAUCCUUUCUACUGUU